UGCCACAGGACGCUAGGCAUUCCAGUGCGUCUUCUGCCAGGGGGACGCGAAAACGGUGUCGCUCUUCGUAUGACGCGAAAUAACCACGACCGUGAGGCUCGGAGAACAGAAAAGUGCCGGAGGAAACAGGCUCUGAACCUGUAUUUGCGGGAAUUGGACGAAGAAUGGAAAGUGAAAAACUAGAAAGUACUGAAAAGAAAAAAGAAGUAGAAAAGAAGAAACGCUCUCGAGUUAAACAGGUGCUUGCAGACAUUGCUAAGCAAGUGGACUUCUGGUUUGGAGAUGCAAACCUUCACAAGGACAGAUUUCUUCGAGAGCAGAUAGAAAAAUCUAGAGAUGGAUUUGUUGAUAUAUCACUUCUGGUAUCCUUUAACAAAAUGAAAAAAUUGACCACUGAUGGGAAGUUAAUUGCCAGAGCAUUGAAAGGCUCAACUGUUGUAGAGCUGGAUUUAGAGGGCACCAGAAUUAGGAGAAAAAAACCGCUGGGUGAAAGACCAAAGGAUGAGGAUGAACGCACAGUAUAUGUGGAAUUACUUCCCAAAAAUGUUAAUCACAGCUGGAUUGAAAGGGUAUUUGGGAAAUGUGGCAAUGUUGUUUACAUAAGUAUACCACAUUAUAAGUCUACUGGAGAUCCAAAAGGAUUUGCCUUUGUUGAGUUUGAAACAAAGGAGCAGGCAGCCAAAGCUAUUGAGUUCCUUAACAACCCACCAGAAGAAGCACCAAGGAAACCUGGCAUAUUUCCCAAAACCGUAAAAAAUAAACCCAUUCCAGCCUUAAGAGUAGCUGAAGAGAAGAAAAAGAAAAAAAAGAAAAAAGGCCGGAUAAAGAAGGAAGACAGUACACAGACUAAAGAUUUAAACAUAGACACAACAAGCAGCUCGAGCCUCUGUAAGAUAAAAAGAUCACGAACUGCAUCUGAGGGCUCUGAUGCAGAGACACCGGAGCCCCAAAAGCAGCCUGCAAAGAAAAAGAAAAAACGAGAUCGAGAUCGGAGUGAAAGCCUAGCAGAAGGUAGAGCAGGGAAAAGGAAAAGAAGCAGCUCUGGAGAUGCAGAAUCUCUAGCGCCAAGAUCAAAAGUUAAGAAAAUUACCCAGAAAAGCAUUAAAAAGGAAGUUUCUGACAUUUCCAAAGAAAACAGAGACCUAGAAUUUUCUACAGAAGAGGAAAAAGACAUUGGAGAUAUUAAAGAUGGUUCCCUGUUGAAAACUAAAAGGAAGCACAAGAAAAAACAUAAGGAGAGACAUAAAAUGGGCGAAGAGGUUAUCCCCUUGAGAGUACUAUCAAAGAUUGAAUGGAUGGAUUUGAAAAAAGAGUAUUUAGCACUACAAAAAGCCAGCAUGGCUUCUUUAAAAAAAACAAUAUCUCAAAUAAAAUUGGAAUCAGAAAUGGAAACCGACAGUGGUUUACCUAAUAAGCCUGAAGUGAAAAUUGCAAAAGCCAACAGUACUGAAUGUCGCCCAGUGGAGAACACGGGACCACAGUUUGUGAGUGGGGUGAUUGUGAAAAUCAUUAGCACUGAGCCUCUGCCCGGGAGAAAACAAAUCCGGGAUACCUUGGCCACCAUCUCAGAAGUUGUUUAUGUUGAUUUGCUAGAAGGAGAUACAGAAUGCCAUGCCAGAUUUAAAACCCCAGAGGAUGCUCAAGCAGUAAUGAAUGCACAUACUGAAAUUAAAAAGAAGCAUAACUGGAAGCUUGAAGUCCUUUCUGGUGAUCAUGAACAGAGGUAUUGGCAGAAGAUUUUGGUAGAUAGACAAGCCAAACUUAAUCAGCCUCGGGAAAAGAAAAGAGGCACUGAGAAGUUAAUCACCAAGGCUGAAAAGAUUAGACUAGCAAAAACUCAACAAGCAAGUAAACAUAUUCGGUUUUCUGAAUAUGACUGAAGAGAAUUAUACUUCACCUGUUCAUUUCACCAGAUACUUGAAUGAUUCUUAGGAAAUUCGUUUUAUUAGCACAACAUGCUACAUGUUUUUCUAAAACAUUCAGAAGAGUCCCUCAACGUGUAAGAUUUUUGACAAGUACAUUGCAAACCACAAUUUUUUUUGCCAAAUAUUUUAUUUGAAGUAUGUACGGCAACCUCAAUUGAUUUCAUAAAUAAAUGUGUUUUGAACAUUA